AUGGAGGUGAAGCUGUUGAAGCUAUUUGGCUUUGAGGUGAAUGCUCACAUCAAGGAUGAGAAACAGCUCGAGGGUUCUAAUAAAGGAGCUGAGAGUGGGGAAUCUUCAAGCUUCGAAGUCUUGCCUGCUAUUUUGAAAGACGCAGAAGAAGGAAGAAUGGUAUGCGAAGCAGAGAAGAAGAAGUUUGAAUGCCAGUUUUGCUUCAAGGAGUUCAAAAACUCGCAAGCAUUAGGGGGUCACCAGAAUGCUCACAAGAAGGAGAGAUUAAAGAAGAGAAGAAUGCAACAGCAGGACUCCAACUUAUACCUCGAGCCUCCACAAGGUCAUACCAAUCUCAUGUACUAUCAGUAUCUUCCAUGGUUCGACGCUUUCUCUUUCGCUCCACACAAGGAGCCACUCAUUAGCUUCAACUCGACAACAGGUCAGAACCAGAGUUCACUCAAUGGUAUGUCAUCGCAUCUUUCUGAAUCUGUUGAUAUUGUCCCUGGAAGUAGCAACAGAUCUGUGAUCGUGAGGCCUUCCCCAUCGUACAUUUCGAAAGAUUCUCAGCAUCUUUAUGUUCAACUAGGCCUUGCUCUGCAGCCAGGUACCAGCAGCUCAUCUGGAAAUGGCUUGUGA